GGUGUGAGUUGGCAGCACGGCGCCCACAACACAACCCACCAUUGCUUUUCUCCCGAGUCCCGACUCAGCUCAAUCUCUUUUAGCAGCCACCAAAAAAAUUUCCAGAGUUUCAGUAAUACUACGUAUGCUCCGACUAGCGUAGCAGCUGCCUUGAAGAAAUCCCAUUUGCAAUUUCAAGCUGAAUGAUACUAGGAAUAUGAAUUCUGGUGCAAUUACACUCAGAAAUGUGAUGGCUUCACAAGUUGUCCAAACCUCAGUUGUUUCGUCAUCAUCAUCGUUAUCACUCUUUGCAUCAAAAAGUCCUUCCUUUCCUGACAGACUUUCUAGUGUUUCAUUGUGUAAAGACCGGAGGCUUUCACCUUUCUUGAGGACAGACCACCACUGCGACUGUGAUUAUGAUGGGAAGUGGAGGAGAAGAAGUAUCAGAACUAGAAGAAGCAAUGGAGGAGGGUGGGUUGUGUGUGUUAGUAAUGCUGAAGACACUGAAGUUAGUGCGACGUCGUCUGGCAUUUCUACUUCCACUGCAAAACAAGAAACUGAUGAGCCAGACCCUGAAGACCUUGAAUACGUCUCUCAAAUCAAAAGGGUUUUGGAGCUUCUCGGGAAAAACAGGGAUAUGACCUUUAAUGAGAUAAAGUUAACUGUAAUGAUUGAAGACCCCAGGGAUGCUGAGAGGAGACGGCUGCUUGGCAUUGAUGAUGAAAAUGCUCCAACAAGGGAUGACUUGGCUGAUGCUUUAGAAGAAGUAAAUAAAGGUAAAGUUCCUGAAAAUCGUCUUGCUCUGAAGAUGCUAGCAGAAGAAAUGAUUUCAUGGCCGAACUUGGAGGAAGAAGCACCAAGGAAGAAAAGUCCACGAAAAUCUCUCUAUGCAAAAGCAACAGACACUGGUAUUGAUCCAAAAGAGGCUGCUAAGCGACUCAAUGUAGACUGGGAUGCUGCUGCUGAGUUUGAGGAUGAAGAUGACAGUGACGAUGUGGAUGUGCCUCCUGCUGUGGGAUAUGGAGCUCUUUACUUGGUCACAGCACUUCCAGUCAUAAUUGGGAUCUCUGUAGUGUUGAUCUUAUUCUACAAUUCCUUGCAAUGAAAAUUUCUGCUGUGUGACAAUAAAAGCCUCCACACAUCACAGACACAAAAGAUAAGCUCAUAAGUAUUCACGACACAACUGGUUGUCGAUUUAUCUGAGCUUGUAUAUGUCAACGAGACUAUUAGUGGUUAACAUUCUAAUAUGCUUGUAUACUGAGUUGUCCUUGCUUCAGUCUCUAUCCUGCCCUCUGCAUCUUAUUAUGUAAAUUUGUUUCAUUGUCUUUUGGUCUCA